AUAGUGCCGCGCGGCCUACUUUUUAGGCGAGAUCUACUUGCGAAAGUGUCAACACCACAAGAUCCGUCACCGCCGGUGAAACAAGCCAACCCACCGCUCCCCGGGUGCGAAUGCUACUGUAAGCUGGUCUUUGUCUCUGAACCGGACGAGCUCGAGUCGGCAGCGCCGGCGAUGGGGUGCUCCUUCUCAGGGCUGAACGCGCUGUACGACACCGUCGGCGGGGGCGGCGGCGACGUCUGGGUCAACGACUACUGCUUCCGCGUGCUUCGCAGGCUCGGCGACGCCGGCCCCGUUGGCUCCAGCGUCUUCCUCGUUAAGGAGGUCGUCGCCGCCUCCGACGGCACGGCUGGGGCUGGGCCCGGUACCGCCGGGCUCGCCACGAAGAAGGGCAUCGACCCAUCACACAUCUCAGCUGAUGGGACAUAUGCUCUAAAGAAAGUUCUUAUUCAGAGUGAUCAGCACUUAGAGCUUGUUCAGCAAGAGAUCCGUGUGUCCUCUCAAUUCAGCCAUCCAAAUCUACUUCCUCUUCUUGAACAUGCUAUUAUUGCACUCAAGGGCGUGCAAGAUGGAUUGCAGAACCAUGAGGCUUACUUGUUGUUUCCAGUUCAUUUAGAUGGAACAUUACAGGAUGUCACUAAAAGCAUGCUAGAAAAAAAGGAAUACUUACCAACCAUUACUGUUCUCCAGAUAUUUCGCCAGCUUUGUGCUGGAUUGAAGCAUAUGCACAGUUUUGACCCACCAUAUGCACACAAUGGGGUUAAACCUGACAAUGUCCUCAUAACUCAGAGGAAGGAGCAGCCUCAUCUUGCUAUUUUGAUGGAUUUUGAGAGUGCUCGUCCAGCAAGAAGAACUAUUAGAUCACAAGCCGAAGCCUUGCAGUUGCAGGAAUGGGCUUCAGAGCACUGUUCUGCUCAUUACCGGGCUCCUGAAUUAUGGGACUGCCCAAGCCAUGCUGACAUUGAUGAGAGGACAGAUAUAUGGUCUUUGGGAUGCACUUUGCAUGCUAUGAUGUAUGGAAAAUCUCCAUUUGAUUAUGAGCUUGAUGAAUCUGCUGGUGAAAGUUUGCAUGCGGUUAUUAAAAGUGCGCAGAUUAAAUGGCCUACUGAAGUAGGGUCUUCGUACCCUGAUUCUCUCCGUCAGUUCAUAACAUGGAUGCUGCAGCCACAUCCUGCAGUUCGUCCCCAUAUUGGUGAUAUCAUAAUCCACGUUGAUAAGCUUAUUGCAAAAUACUCCACUUGACCACUAUAUCGAGCUGCUUCUGCACAAGAAUACAUUGUUAUCAGGAUAUAUCUUUCGCGUUCUACUCGCGCGAGGCCAUAUCCUUUCUUUUUUAUCAAUUUCUAAUUUUUUUUAUAGUCCCGGUGUACUAGAAAUUCCCUUAUAGUCUAAUUCUAUGCCAUCCAAAAUAUGCUAUUCCCUCCCUUCUAUGCCACUCUAGUGGCACAGAAGAGAUGUCAUAAAUUUUGGAUAACACAUAAUGUAAAUGUUUAAGUUCCAAUGACAUACAAGAAUUUUUCUCAAUUUUAAGUAUUGAAUGAGUAGUGGUAUGUGACGAUACAUACGGGUAUCCUACCAGUGCAAAACUAUUAUGGCUGCAGAAGGGGUGGAGCGGAGUGCCCCUGAAGCUGCUCCCCUGCCUCGCUUGUGUAAAAUGAGGGUCAGGGGUCGACGCGCCCCCGCCCCUGCUUUUUGCCUGGCCAGAUUGACCCGCGGGCAAACCUCUGAAGCAGCAGCCCUUGUACAUGUACGCAUGUGAACUUCCGAAGCAGUGCUCCUGUAUGGACUAGCAUGUGAUGUGCAUGCAUUUGUGUACUGAAUGAUUAAACAUAGAAGUACUUGGCGACCAA